AUCUUUCUAUCUAACCACAUUUAAUCUAACGCUGGAAGUACAGGGGUGAGGGGUAGCUUAUAUUCACUGGAAGUAGCAGGGCACAGCACACUACACUCCUCCCCCCACUCUUCCUUCUCUGAAGGAGGCCGGGCUCACACUCUCUCACACUGCCACUGCCACACUCCCUGCUCAUUCCCUUCCCUCUGCCGCUCCUGUCCUUCCCUUCCCUGCUAGAGAAAUCAUCAACUUCUCUCCCGCUCUCUGCAUUCUGCAGAGGGAAACAUGGUACAGUCGAAGAAGAAGUUUCGCGGUGUCAGGCAGCGCCACUGGGGCUCCUGGGUCUCCGAGAUCAGGCACCCUCUCCUGAAGAGGAGGGUGUGGCUAGGCACCUUCGAGACGGCGGAAGAGGCGGCACGGGCAUACGACGAGGCCGCCAUCCUGAUGAGCGGGCGCAACGCCAAGACCAACUUCCCUGUCCCGAGGAGCGCCACCGGAGAGAUCAUCGUCGCCCCAGCAGCGGCAAGGGACAGUCGUGGCGGCGGUCUCGGCUCGUCCUCCGGCGCAGGUAGCCUGUCACAGAUCCUCAGCGCCAAGCUCCGCAAGUGCUGCAAGACGCCGUCCCCAUCCCUCACCUGCCUCCGCCUCGACACCGAGAAGUCCCACAUUGGCGUCUGGCAGAAGCGCGCGGGCACCCGCGCCGACUCCAGCUGGGUCAUGACAGUCGAGCUCAACAAGGAACCAGCAGCAGCAGCAACAACAACAACGCUCAGUGACAGCGUGGCACCGACGACUCCGUCCACGUCAUCCACGUCCGCAUCCACAGCAGGCUCGCCACCGGUGGGAAUGGACGACGAGGAGAGGAUCGCGCUGCAGAUGAUCGAGGAGCUGCUGGGCGGGAGCAGCCCGAAUUCGCCGUCACAUGGGCUGCUGCAGGGUGAAGAAGGCAGCUUCGUCAUCUGAGCAUGCAAGAAAAAGUUUACAAAAAAAAUGCACGGUUAAGAAAGCGUGAUCAGGUCACCAUCCUAGAUCAAGGAUCUGGUAGGGUGGUUGGUGCACAAGCAGUUAAGAUCAUUGCUAGCUCCACAUGAUAGGUAUCUCAGUAUCAUCUCUCUGUUAAGUCCUUCGUAAAUCAAGUUUAGGAAACAGUUAAUUACUAAGCGUGAAGCUCUGUGUAUUUAUUAGUUAUAAUUAAAGGCUUACUUGUAUGUAUACGCCAUUCCCCCGUCAUGAUAGUGACACUAUGUAUGUAUCAGUAUAAUCAGACCAUAUAUAAUUACAUAUAUAUCAUCAGUGAUAUCGCUUUCUAAUGAAUGGAAAUAAACACUUUGUAAUGCA